GACUCCUUUAUGCUCGCCGUACUCGUAGAAUUGGGUCUGUGAGGCGAGUUUGUAAAGCAUCAAUUUCGUGCUCAAAGGGGAAGGCGCACGGACUGUAUUCGUGAGCAGUGACUGCCGACUCGUGUCUUUUCGCCUGCUGCUUGCCCACCACUCGACACAGACGCAAUGUCAGAACUGUAUCCGUCGAUUGCGCAGUGCGCUGUCGUGGCGACGGCCUUGAAAGUGCUGCUGUUCCCUGCAUACAAAUCAACAGACUUUGAAGUCCACCGCAACUGGCUGGCUCUGACGCAUUCGCUUGAUAUCAAGGAGUGGUACUAUGAAAAAACGUCAGAAUGGACCCUCGACUAUCCGCCAUUCUUUGCCUACUUUGAAUGGCUCAUGUCUCAGGCUGCUGCAUACGUCGAGCCUGCGUUGCUGAAUGUGAAGGACCUCAACUACGACAGCUGGCAGACCGUCUAUUUCCAGCGGAGCACUGUAAUUGUCACGGAGCUGGUGCUGGUCUACGCUUUGCACCUCUAUGUGAAGACGUCCAAGUCGAAAGUCACUGCUCAUGCAGCCGCACUGUCAAUUCUUCUUUCACCUGGUCUUCUGAUCAUCGACCACAUCCACUUCCAGUACAACGGCUUCCUCUAUGGUGUCCUCAUACUAUCCAUGGUGCUGGCGAGGAACAAGUCGACGCUGCUUCUCUCAGGCCUUCUCUUUGCAGCGCUCCUGUGCUUGAAGCACAUAUACCUCUACUUGGCCCCUGCCUACUUUGUGUUCCUCCUCCGUGCAUACUGCCUGGGUGAACGCCGAAAGUUUCCGUACUUCACCAUCCGCUUCUUGAACUGCGUCAAACUGGGCGUGGGUAUCGUUGCUGUUUUCGCCAGUGCCUUCGGACCAUUUGCGCUCUGGGGGCAACUCGAACAAGUGUUCAAGCGUCUAUUCCCAUUCUCCCGCGGCCUUUGCCAUGCUUAUUGGGCUCCAAACGUCUGGGCAAUGUACUCUUUCACCGACAGACUGCUCAUCUAUCUGGCUCCUCGUCUUGGCCUGACCGUUAAUCAGGACGCAGUCAAUAGCGUCACUCGUGGACUCGUUGGAGACUCUUCAUUUGCGGUGCUCCCCGACAUUGUGCCUCUUACGUGCUUUCUGCUCACUCUUGGCACUCAGAUUCCCGUCCUCCUACGCCUUCUCUACAAGCCAACGUGGGAAACCUUUGUCGGUGCGGUCACUUUGUGUGGCUACGCAUCUUUUCUGUUUGGCUGGCACGUCCACGAGAAAGCGAUCUUGCUCGUCAUCAUCCCUUUCAGCUUGGUGGCCCUCCGUGACCGCCGAUACUUUGGCGCUUUCCGGCCUCUAGCAGUGUCCGGCCACGUGUCACUGUUCCCUCUGUUGUUCACAACUGCCGAGUUUCCCAUCAAGACGGUCUACACCAUCUUCUGGCUUGUUGCUUUUCUGUUGAGCUUCGACAGACUCGCACCAGCCUCGUCCGAACGACGCCUCUUCCUGCUUGACCGCUUCUCUGUUCUGUACAUUGCUUUGUCUAUCCCCUUGAUCGCAUAUUGCUCGUUGUUCCACAGCGUCAUCUUCGGCUCCCGCUAUGAGUUCCUUCCUCUGAUGUUCAUCAGCUCGUACUCAGCUAUCGGUGUUGUGCUCUUCAAACGCAAGCCAGUGAAGUUCGACCCUACACCGAGUGACGUCGGAGACUACGAUGAGGUCUGGGUCAUCGAAAAGACGGGGGAAGUCUACAACGAGUAUGACAAAUAUCUCAGGCGGUUAGACUUCUAUGCUCAGAAGCUGUUCACCUGCGAAUCCACCGGGCAUUCGGGCUACACCUUUUUCGAGGCCAUGGAGAGCCAGGUGAGCUCUGAGCCUGUCUGGGAGGGCAUCAAGGUAACGGAAACGCAGACGGAGGCGUUAAGGGAGAUUGACAGCAUCUUCCCUGACACUUUGAGGUCGCGUGUCCUCCACUUCGUCCAAUUCAGGACCACUUCGCGUAUGGACGACUUGGUCAAUCUUGUUUUUGACGAGUUCAAGGAACAAUACAUGGUCGGCGACAGAGUCUGCAUCGAGGUCGAAGGGCCUAUCAACCGCCGUUACGGCGUGAUCACAGACAUCACCGACAACAGCCAGUUACAUCAGCAUGCCUUCACACGGUCUCCUGAAGAGCAGUACCGGGCCUACACCUACGUUAUCACCAUGGACGACAACAACGAACCCAUCACAAAGUACAAGGCUGCAGACCUGCAAAGAGACCGGAAGUACUUCUCAAAACUCAUCUUGAAGCAAUUCCUCCGUAGCACGGUGACGAGAGAGUCGUGGAUUGGUGCUCCUUGGAUGGCGAGGGAGCAUUUGGCCAAACGCUACAAGAUUCCCACCAAGAUUCCAGAUAACAAGACCCGGGAAUCGGUGAUGGCGCAGAAGAAGUUGACAAAUGGCUCUCACCCGAACGGCACGAGAUCACCCAUCCAGCAAACCCACCCGCACCAAUUGGCUAACGGAGGCGCGCCACAGACAAACGGACACCGACCCCAGCAGCAAACCCAGCAUGGGCAAGGGCCGUCUGCAUUCGUUCAGUUUGCAACAAAUCCCCCGCACGUGCAACACCUACCCCAUCUCAUACACCCACAUGCUCAGCAGAUGCACGGCGGACUACCACCACAGUUUGCGCAUCAAAACGGGCCGCACCAUCUACAACAAGGCGUCCCUCUCAACAUACCGAACGCCCUUCCUCCCAGUCUCGCGCACCUCAUCCAUCACCCACCCGGCGCGUUGCCUGUCAAUCUUCCAUUCCAGAAUGGAUUCAUGCAGUACCAGCAGUUUGCGCCCCGGAACCCUCCUCAACAUCAGCAACAACAGCAGCAGGUCUCUGUGCCGACAAAACACUUCGAGCCGAUCAAGUAUCCUAUCGAAGAUUUGGAAAUCUCGCAGCCUCGCCUGAAUACUCUACGACCUUCGCUGAAGUUCUUCUCAGACGACGUCCCGGACGGCGUGGAAGGGCCUGCAGAGGAAGACAAGACCGGUAUUCUGAUGAGAAGUGUCGGCCCGCUGCUGUGUGCGUGGGAGACCCUCAACGUACACGACACUAUCUACUCGCUCGACUCUUUCACGUUCGAUGACUUCGCAGAUGCCAUGCGGUACUCCUCGGAGGAGCAGGAAUGCGAGUUGUUUGUGGAAGUCCACUGUUCUGUGCUGAAGCAGAUCGUUGGCGAGAAUGGAAAACUCCAAGCUUCUCUGCCAAACAUGGCCGAGGCGGAUGAGUCGGAAGAAGAGGAUUCGAGUGAAGAGUCCACGCCAACACCCGAGCCAGAGCCUCCCAAGCGGACUACUCGCAGUAGUUUGAGGAAGUCUGAGGUGCAGCAGAUCGUCGAGAAAGCCCGGACACCAACCCCCGAGCCGCCAAAGGAGAUCCACAAAGCUGCCGCGUUCGUUGCUGACUUCGACUGGGUCGAACAGCUGAAGAUCAGGAACUUCCAGAACGGCGGCUGGCAGGCUAUUAUGGUAGCUCUGUUAUACCGCCUGUCUUUUGACCCACUCCAGAAGGAGACAUGCGACGAAAUCCUCGCCGUUCUCGUACCAGGUGCUCAGGAACCGACUAUUGAGAGCAUUGCGGAGAACUACCGCGACAUGGAUGUCAACCUGCGCGUCUCAGCGCUGGACCAGGUCCUGCGCCUGACCGUGACGACCGAGGCCUUCCGUGAUCAGCUCAACGCGGCGUCCCUCGAAAUGACUCGACUUCGCAAGGAGAAGAUCGAGUUCCAGAGGAAACGCAAAGAACUGGCCGAUGACUUGUUCAAGCUGGACCUGGAGCGCAAGAUCAAGCUACCCGAUAACACGCCAGCCUCGCCCUCGGAUGCGAAGGAGAAUGAAGACGUAUCAAUGCUCAGCGUGACGGAGUCUGUUGCCGAAGCUGCCGAAGGAGACGUCAACGAGUCCGAAGAUGCAUCCGCCGCGAAGAGCCGAACCCGCACGAAGAACAAGCGGAAGGCGGCAGCGGAAGAAGCCCGCAAAGAGAAGGCCAAGAAGGCCAAGAUCGAGGCCGAGAAGAACAGGAAGCAGAAGGAGUGGGAGAAGCUGUUGAAAUCAGUCGAGGACAAGAAAGACGAACUUAAGGAGUGCGAAGCGAACAUCAACGAGCUGGACGACGACCUCCGCGAGACCUUGGUUCAUCGCAGCAAGGUGCUGGGCAAGGACCGAUUCCUCAACAAGUACUACUGGUUCGAGCACAACGGAAUGCCAUUUGGUGGCGUCCCCAACAGCAGCACGGCAGAGUACGGAUACGCCAACGGUCGCAUUUGGGUGCAGGGACCGGACGCCGAAGAGCUACAGCCGUGUCUUGAAGAGCCGGCUCUGUCACAGGACAUGCAGCGAUUCAAGUUUACCAUCCCACAGCGAAAAGAGAAGGAGGAGGGGUCCACACAUCUCACCACAUCCAAGGAGUGGGCUUACUACGACGACCCUGAGGAUAUCGACAGGCUGAUUGGCUGGUUGGACGAACGCGGCCAUCGUGAGAAGCAGCUUCGCAAGGAGCUGCAGAUCUUCCGUGACCGCAUUGCGGAGUACAUGGAGAAGAUGAAGAAGCACCUCACGAAAGCGGUCAAGGCGGAGGAGGACGAGGAGGACGAGGACAGCAAGCCUCGAGUAUCAACGCGUGGCAAGGCGAACGCUGACAAGGAGGAAGUCAAGGACCGCUGCCUGCUCUGGACGAAUAGCAUCAUGCUUGACGAGUACGGCUACACACACGCCACCGAGUACGAGCCCCCUCGGAAGGGCAAGGCUAGGGUUGUCAAGACUGCUAAAAGCAAAGGCAGACGGUAGUUCGCCAGCGAUAGCAGUCGUGCGACGAUUACGGGUGUAUUGGUUGGUGUUUCGGCGUUGCAUGCGUACCAUCAGCAUGUACUGGGCAUUUUCUGGAGUUUGCACACGGGGAUGAGCAGCAUUGCGCUGCGUAUAGAGGUAUGGCGUUGUGGGAUGUACAGGACGUCAGCAACUGUCCACUUCUUUUCAGGCAAAGCGUAGGGUCGGAUUUGUUCGACGAGCACAUGGCUGCUACAACUGGGUAGCACUGUUAUUGUACAAUUAGACACGAUCAACUGCGCGUGUGCUCG